AUGGCAAGGAUAAACAGCUUGAAGUUUGCGCCAAUUUCAAUGGCAGGCAUGCGAAAGUCCUUGAGUGACACAAGGGAAAGCAUUUCGAAACUUGGAGUUUUGCAAGAGAGGCAUGGCCUGCCUUCGUUUACAACCAGAAUAAAAAAGCAAAAGGAAAUCGAUGAUCUGAAAAGAAGCAUAGCAGAAAGCAUAGCAUGCAGCGAAAGAAAGAUAGAAAGCCUGGCUGGGUAUACAAACUCGAAAUGUCUUUCUGAAAGCAUGGGAGAGUACUUUUCGGCUCAGUUGAGGGCAAUAAUACACGACUACAGAAGCAUACAGCAGGAGUUCUUGAAGAAGAUGGAUCUACAUGAUGAGCUUGAGCAUGAAGAGAAUGAAAGUUUAGACGAAAAGAACAUGGUGAUGGUCGAAGCAGUGAAGGAUCUUAGAAAAUCAAUAUACGACCUUACGUCUAUUCUUCUAAACAUGAGGAUGGCAGUAGGACAGCAGUCGUUGCAAAUAGACAGACUGGAUUUCUAUUUUGAUUCGAUAAAUUUCUAUCUUGAAAGCACAAACAAUGAAUUGGAAAAGAUCCCAGCAACACAUGGAAAACUCAAAGACAAGGUCAUGUAUUCAAUGCUGGCCAUGUCGACUGUUCUUACACUAAUGAGCCUCAUUAAGAUGGUUAGAAAUAGAUGA